UCCUUCAGAACAAUCGGGAAUAUACAAGCUCAUAUCGCUUUCUCUACAGGAAUACCAAAACUCAGUGUGCUUGAGGAUGGAAGAGUCAAUUACAUCUUCAUGGUGUUUUUUUACCACCCGCAGGCGCACAGCAUCUCCUUUCUUUGCUCAAUGCAGUUUGUCAGUCUCUUAAAAAACCCCGAUAGUGAUAGAAGCUUGAUCGAGCAGUUAUCUGUCAGAAGCGAUUCCCCUAUAUCACACAUCGAUGCCCGAGGGUUGCCGCUUGAAUACAGAUUGGUGUAUGCAGCCUUGUCGUAUUUGUGCCGUCUACCCAGGGUUAUUCACCUGGCAAAAAAUAAGAUCUGCGCAUACGGCAAGACGUGCGGGAAGUAUACAACUGAGCCGCUGCAGGCGCAGAGUUUUGGACAAAUCGUUUUCUACUAGGCACGAAUAAGACUCUUAACUACUCGGUCUGACAAACAUCACAAUUUCACCUUGCAUUGUGAGUUUGAUCAUACUCAAAAUAUUUCGUGUGUGAGAAUAUAACCGACACCGGGCUGCGUGCAUACCGACAGAGUGCUGAGUUGGAGCAAGCAGUACCCGGUGAAUCAAACGUCUCUCACAUCAGUGGUUUGAUAAGAUCUAGUCAUCGCAAGGAACGCGCGUUGACCCCCAUGAAAAGGAUAAUAAGUACGAUGCCUAGCAUGACAGUAUACUCGAACAAUGGGGAAAUGACAUCAGAUGCUUGGUACAAUCAGCACUAUACUUCAAGUGUUCUUCCAAGGCUGGCUUAGCUUCCCUCACUCGACUCUCACGUUUCUAGAUGUUCUUAAUCUUAUCUCCUGGCGUCAUCCCUUUGCCCACCUCACAGGUUCACUUCUCACCAGAUACUCGUCUCCAGGUCUUGGGAUACCCACGACUAAAUCGCCACUGCUCGCAUUCUUUUUCCGUAUUCUCCAGUAGCCUACGACGCCAGCCAAAAGCAACAUCCUCUAUGUGACCUAUGAUCCCAAAUUCCCAUGAUAAGAUACCUUCUGCUCUUGCGCCAUCGGGGUCCCGAAGUAGUCCGACAGCGAUAUCAACGACUUCAGGUCGAUCGUCCGUCGUAUAGAGCACGCAAGCUGAGCAUGUGCUGCAAAAAUAGCGUUGAACGCCAGGUGAAGAUGAGUAAUAGGUCAGCGUUCCGAUGGAUGGGUCUUUAGCAUCUACAAGAGCUUGCAGAUCAUGUUUCGACUCCGGAAAAGAUGUGGAUACCGAAGACGGGAAUGAUAUUUGACUCAAUUCCGACAGGAUCAAUGAACCAAGGCAGAUCUUCUUUUUUGAAGUUCUCGUAGUCUUGCUGACGCCAAACAAAAUUGACGCCCUCGCAUUUGCACCGGAUUGAGAUUUCAUCCUUUUUCUUCGAGCCAUACGACUGUACCCCAUCCAGGUAGGGCCAGUCCAUUGGGAAUUCAGACACUCCCUUUUGUUUGGCCCGUUCUUUAUGUCUCGUGGCCUCGGUCCCUGGAUCAUUUGGUUUCUUCAUCCAAGCAGCCGCCCCUCCGUCCAAGGUAUCACCGACAAAAAUGUGAUGCGAUAUCUUGAUGACGCUGCGCCCUCCCGCAUGUUCGUUCUCGAUGGUUCCUGAAAAUGCUCCAAGCUGCUCAUCGGGAUUGUUCCGAUUUGCGAAGAACAUUGGCGUUGAGCAUGUGCCACAGAAUAAGAUAUCGUAGUUUGGGGUGAAUUGGUAUACGCUGAGACUUGAUACAUCAACCUUCUCACGUUCUUC